AUGGGCGCGGCUGCUGCGCAGUAUCGUCCUGGGCUUGGCUGUACCUUAGAAAGAGUCUCAAACUUCCAGCUCGAUAGCCUGCAGGUGCCGGAACUGCCUGCCGGGCAGGGCUUAUGGCCCCUCGGCGAACAGGUGCAACCGGCUGAUGAAGCCCUGCAGGAGAAGAUGGAAGCCAUUUUGGCGCGUGACAACCUGGCUGGAUUGCAGACGCGCGCGUUGGUGCUGGUGCACGAUGGUAAAGUUAAAGCCGAAAGUUAUGCGCAAGGUAUUACCGGACAGACGCCGCUGCUGGGCUGGUCAAUGGGUAAAAGCAUAACGGCCAUGAUGUUCGGUCGGAUGGAAAUGCAGGGCCUGUUGAGUGUCACUGAGGAUAAUCUCUUUCCUGCCUGGGCCAACGAUGAGCGCCGCACCAUUACACUGGAAAAUCUGCUGCAGAUGACCAGCGGCCUGGCCUUUUCCGAGGUUUAUGCGCCGGGUAGCGACGCAACUGACAUGCUGUUCCUGGCUCCGAGCGCAGCAGCGGUUGCCUUACGCAGCCCAUCUGCUUAUCCGCCUGGUACCCACUUUGCUUAUUCGUCAGGAACAUCUAAUCUGUUGAUGCACCUGAUGACCGAACGGCUCGGCGGGCCGCAAGCUGCGCUCAACUAUUUGUGGCAGGAAAUAUUUGCACCCCUGGGUAUUCGCAAUGCCGUAUUUGAACCUGACCCCAGUGGUGUGAUGGUUGCCAGUUCGUACAUUUAUGCGUCGCCGCGCGAUUGGGCGCGUCUGGGGCUUGCCAGCCUGAAACAGAGUCUGGUCAGCCAGGACUGGUCGCGACGUGCACACACGGUUAACAGUAGCGCUAACGGGCCUGCCUAUGGCUACCAGUUCUGGCUCAACGAUGGUGGUGAGGGGCUGCGCUGGCCCGACCUGCCCGCUGAUGCCUAUGCGAUGACCGGUAACCGCCAGCAGGUUGUCAUGAUUGUUCCCUCCCGGAAUACGGUGAUUGUUCGUCUGGGUUGGAGUCCGGGUCGGUAUCCGACCAGCAGCAACUUCGCUGACCUGAUAUCUGUUUUGGCCAACUCACACCAGGAAUGUUCACUGGCCUUUGACGUCGAAAUACCAACGCCCAUGGUGCUCAUGCUCAGGCCUCGCAGUAGCGCGGGGCAGUGGGUUGUGCGGGAAGAGUACAGCUUCACACAGGAUGUCAUUGUUGAUGAGGUAGUAGAUGCCUAUGGGAAUCUGUGCCAGCGCCUGGUUGCACCGGUGGGUCAGUUUUCGGUAUUCACGGAAGUUUAUGUAGAUGUUCAGGCGGGUAAACCCGUCCCGCUUGAGGCGGGAUUUAUUGACAUACCUGAAUUGCCUGCCGAUACACUGGUGCAUCUGUUGCCCAGCCGUUACUGCGAGGUUGAUCGAUUCGGCGAAAUGGCCGCGCAGAUUGUUGGUGAUGCAACUCCGGGUUAUGCCCAGGUGGAAGCGAUCAGCAGCUGGGUGCGACAGAAUAUUCGCAAUCGACCACUCUCCAGCACCUAUCCGGUUUCUGCCAUUGAAGUUAAUCAGCGCGGCGAAGGUGUGUGUCGAGACCUUGCGCAACUGGCGAUCACGUUAUGCCGUGCCUUGUGUAUCCCGGCACGACUCGUGGUGGGUUAUCUGCACCAGCUGGAGCCAAUGGAUAUUCAUGCCUGGUUUGAAGCGUAUGUGGGUGAGCAAUGGUGGACGUUUGAUCCAGCUGUAGACCUGGGUGAUGCGCCUCGGAUUGCAAUCGCUCGAGGUCGCGAUGCUACCGAUGUGGCUAUUUAUAACCAGUAUGGGCCACUGUUGCUGCCGACCGAUAUGCAGGUAGCCGUUGAACUGGUGUAA